ACAUCAAAAUAAACCAAUAUCAACUAUCUUCUAAAAAAGGCAGUGCCAAUGCAGAGAAUCGGCAACGCUGUUCAUCGAUGUCAAAAAUAUUCUAUAUCGACCUAAAACCUGUUCAUCGAUGUCAAAAAUAUUCUAUAUCGACCUAAAACCAUCGACCCAUUGAUAUUAAAUCGAUGUUUCACUACCGCGACCUAUCGAAUCGAAUCACUAUUGGCGUUGGCGCUGUUUAUUUACAUGAAAUUAUUAAAUUUUGUAGGUUAGGAUGAAAAAGUGUAAUCAAUUGACUAUAGUAAUUCAAAUCAUGUAAUAAUUGUCUUAUACAAAAGAUUGUAGAUAUACCAGCGUUUCUUUCGACGACGUUAUACUCUUCUAAACUACGUUUCAUUUAUGUUAUGUUUAGUUGUGAUGCAAAGUAUACUGUGAUAUGUCACUGAGCACAGAGCAUUUAUCUCUGCCGCCUCUGGUAAAGGGAUCCUUGAACGGACAUCUGACAAUAAAAGUGGAUGAUUUGAUUUGGUGCCGACAGCCACCCGGAGAUGUGUAUAUUGAAUGUCGCUGGUGGGGCAUGUCCGAAGCAGUCGUUUUCAGGCCCUUGGAUGUAUCUCAACGUGAUUCGAAGUCACAAUUAACAUCAUCAUCUCUUCAAAUAAAAGAAUAUACAGUUACUUUUGAUGUUCGGACUAGUUUAACAAUGCUUGAAAACUACUUGAAAAAUUGUGAAAACCUAGAAUUUAUUGUGGUCAAGUCAAAAUGUUAUGAAAAAAUUGGAACAGUAACUGUAACAGAUUUGACAAAUCUGAUCAAGGAGAGAAUGUAUCAAAGAUACUUUCCUAUAAUCAAUAGUUUUGGCAACCGAAUCGGUGAUUUACACAUAGGGUUCAGUCUAUGGAUGAAGUCGAAAACUGACGAAGAAAAAGAAAAUAAAUUAUCUGCAAAUAGUUGUCUUGAUAAUUCAAUCAGGGGAAAAAUAAAAAAUAGAGGAAAAUCUUUGAAAAUUUGUAAAAGGCAUUCCAGUAUGCUGAAAAAUUCGCAAAAUAAAGUGGUUUCACAAAUAUUAUCGAAGCAUUCUUCAACGAGUGAAUCAAACAAGGAAAAACAUCCCAAAUCAAUCGAAAGCUGCAAACUAAUGAAACACGAGAUCGAUCCUCUUGUACCUCCAUAUUCGACCAAGUUGGAUUUAGACAGUAUUCUGUCAAGAGGUGAGAAGCUGAGAAAUGCUAUGUUCUCAUCAUUGUAUGAAGAUAAAGUUUUCAGAAAGACCAUGCCAUUGGAGCCACCGAAUGUAACAUGUAUUCAUGAUUGCUCGAAAGGUGCUCAUCCAAGUAGUUCAGUGGCUACUCGUGCUCAUAACAAGGCUGUUUUGAUGGACUAUCUCACCGGGGCUGAGAUUUCAACCGGAGAAAAGCAAAUUGCUAUGGAAACCUUGAAAUGUGUUUCUCCAGCAGAAAGUAUCCUGCUCGACAUGGUAUCAGUUGAAGAAGUACAAUCACAACCAGAAACCUUGGAACCAAAGUUGCAAGAAGAAGGCGCUGUAGAAUCUAAUGAAGCUGAUAGAAAUUCUUCAAUUGCCAAAGAAAGUUGUAAACUUGAUAGAAUGGAAGAUGCAGUCAUUGCGUCGGCUCCUAGCGUAUGUGAAGAAUCUCAAACCCAAUCACAAGUCGCAUCGAAAGUGAAUCAUCACGUUGAGAUGGAAGAAUCGAGGCUCUUGCAAGAAGCAUUUAGAUCAGUGAACUGCUGUCGAAUAAAAUAUUUUUUGACGAAUCGCUCAUGA